CUCGUUCUGCCUACACACCGUUCUGUCCACCUCUCAUCUGCCACCCUUUUCCUACCAUGUCCGAAGAGGACAUAUACAAUCUUGAGUUUCUUUCCCUCGUUGCCAAAAUUACUCAAGAACUCCUCAACCACACCGGGCUUAAUGACAAAACUCUAGCCGAGUUCGUUAUUGCUCUCCAUGAUGAGUCCAAGACCAUCGCCGAAUUUAAGCAGAAGCUGAAGGAUGUCGGGGCAAACUUUCCCGAAUCUUUCAUUGAGAAUAUGGACCGGUUAAUUCUCAACAUGCAUCCGAAACACAAGAAGAAAUCUGCAACGACUGCAGCGGCGAAUGGAUCCGGCGGGGAGACGACACUGGACGAGACGGAGAAGAAGAAGCGGAUGUUUCCUGGUCUGGCAUUGAAAGACCAGGAAUGGCAGCCGAGCGUAGACAAGGAUGUGCUGAUGAAGGAGGUGGAUGAUAUGAUGUCGCAGUUCGAGGGUGUGGCGAAGAAAGCUCGACCUCGCCCAGCUGAGAACGGCACGGAUCGUUCACCCAAGCGCCAACGGCGGUCGCGUUCACGGUCUCCACGUCGACGUAGCCCGAGCCCGCCCCGAGGUCGUGGCUUUGACCGGAGGGACGAUGACAGAGGGCGCGGACGAGGUAGAGGACCUCUCGAUGACCGACCAGUCUUGUUCAAGGUCUACAACGGUCGCGUCUCUGGCUUGAAGGACUUUGGCGCUUUCGUACAGGUGGAAGGUGUAGCCGGACGAGUAGAAGGCAUGGUGCAUGUGUCCAAUAUACAGCAAGGCGCACGAGCCAACUCCGCGCCCGAUCUUCUAAGUCGUGGGCAACAGGUCAAGGUCAAGGUCAUGAGUUUGGCAGGCAACCGCAUAGGUUUGUCUAUGAAAGACGUUGAUCAAGCCACUGGCCGGGAUCUUACACCGCAUCUUCGUAUCAAGUCCGAGGCAGAGAUAGCUGAAGAAGAAGCACGCAUGUCUGCCCGUGGCGCCAACGCUGUUCCUCUCAACUCGAAAGGCUUCAGAGACGAACCUGUUCGAUCAGCGAAGCGCCUCACCUCACCCGAGCGUUGGGAGAUUAAGCAGCUCAUCUCGUCAGGGAUCGUGGACGCUUCAGAAUAUCCCGACCUAGACGAAGAGUUCAACAAUCCAGUUGCUCGCGCCGAAGUCGAGGAGGAGCUGGAUGUGGAGGUCAAAGAAGAAGAACCUCCGUUCUUGGCAGGGCAGACGAAGCGCACACUAGAGCUCAGUCCGGUCAAGAUUGUCAAGGCUCCAGAUGGUUCCCUUAACAGAGCAGCUCUCGCUGGUGCAUCCUUGGCAAAGGAGCGGCGGGAGCUGCGGCAGCAGGAGGCGAACGAGGAGGCAGACUCGGAGGCGCGAGACUUCAGCGCACCAUGGCUCGACCCGAUGUCGAAAGAUUCGGACAAGGUCUUCGCACAAGACAUGCGUGGUAAUCUUCGAGGUCAGAAGGCGAACGAGCAGCCGAAGUGGAAGGAGGUCACGUUUAACAAGACGACAACGUACGGCGAGAUCUCGAAGAUGAGUAUCCAAGAGCAGCGAAAGAAUCUCCCCAUCUACAAGCUGCGCGAUCCACUGCUUCAAGCUAUUCGUGAUCACCAAGUUCUCAUUGUCGUUGGUGACACCGGUUCCGGCAAGACCACACAGAUGGUGCAGUACCUCGCCGAAGAUGGUUACGCUGACAGAGGCAGGAUCGGUUGCACACAGCCGCGUCGCGUCGCCGCCAUGUCCGUUGCAAAGCGUGUCUCUGAGGAGGUCGGUUGUCGUCUUGGUCAGGAAGUGGGCUAUACCAUCCGUUUCGAGGACUGCACUAGCCCGGAAACUCGGAUCAAGUACAUGACGGACGGUAUGCUCCAGCGUGAGUCCUUGAUUGAUCCCGACUGCACCCAGUAUUCCGUCGUCAUGUUGGAUGAGGCGCACGAACGUACGAUUGCCACUGACGUUCUGUUCGGUCUCCUCAAGAAGGCUAUCAAGCGCCGCUCAGACCUCAAACUCAUUGUCACCUCCGCUACUCUCGACGCCGAGAAGUUUUCAAAGUACUUCUUUGGCUGUCCUAUUUUCACCAUCCCUGGUCGAACCUAUCCUGUCGAGAUUCUCUACACCAAAGAACCGGAGACCGACUAUCUCGACGCUUCUCUCAUCACUGUCAUGCAAAUCCACUUGUCUGAACCACCCGGUGAUGUUCUGCUUUUCCUUACGGGUCAAGAGGAGAUCGACACUGCAUGCGAGAUCUUAUAUGAACGCAUGAAAGCUCUAGGUCCAAAAGUACCGGAGUUGAUGGUCCUUCCGAUUUACUCUGCGCUGCCUUCCGAGGUUCAAUCUCGGGUCUUUGAGCCAACACCUCCUGGUGCACGUAAGGUCGUCGUUGCCACCAACGUCGCCGAGACCAGUUUGACCAUACCAGGUAUCUACUACGUCAUCGAUCCCGGAUUCUCGAAACAGAACGCCUACGACCCCAGACUUGGUAUGGACUCGCUCGUAGUCAUGCCCAUCUCUCAAGCACAGGCGAGGCAGCGUGCUGGCCGUGCUGGCCGUACCGGUCCCGGCAAGUGCUACCGGCUCUACACCGAGGCCGCGUUCCGUAAUGAGAUGCUGCCGAACUCGAUCCCCGAUAUCCAGCGUACGAACCUGGCGAGUACGAUCUUGACGCUCAAGGCAAUGGGCGUCAACGACCUCCUCAGCUUCGACUUCAUGGAUCCACCACCAGCGCAGACGAUGUUGACUGCCCUCGAGUCGUUAUAUGCGCUCUCCGCGCUAGACGACGAAGGCCUGCUGACGCGUCUUGGUCGUAAGAUGGCAGACUUCCCCAUGGACCCGCCCCUCGCAAAGAUGCUGAUUGCGUCAGUCGACUACGGGUGUUCUGAAGAGAUCCUGUCGGUCGUCGCGAUGUUAUCCGUGCAGAGUGUCUUUUACCGACCGAAAGAGAAGCAGGCGCAGGCGGAUUCAAAGAAGGCGAAAUUCCACCAGCCCGAGGGCGAUCAUCUGACGCUGCUGACUGUAUACAACGGGUGGAAGGCGAGUAAUUUCUCGAACCCGUGGUGCUAUGAGAACUUCAUCCAAGCGCGGAGCAUGAGACGUGCGCAGGAUGUCCGGAAGCAGCUGUUGGGUAUUAUGGACCGUUACAAGCACGAUAUCCUCUCUGCCGGCAAGGACUACAACCGCGUCCGUCGUGCAAUCGCUUCUGGCUUCUUCCGGCAUGCCGCGAAGAAGGAUCCACAGGAGGGUUACAAGACGCUUGUAGAAGGCACACCAGUAUAUAUCCACCCAUCGUCCGCACUCUUCAAUCGCAAUCCCGAGUGGAUCAUCUACCACGAAUUGAUCUUGACGACGCGCGAGUACUGCCACAACGUGACCGCCAUCGAGCCCAAGUGGCUCGUCGAGGUCGCGCCGCAGUUCUUCAAGGUUGCGGAUGCGAACAAGAUCAGUAAACGGAAGAAGCAGGAGAAGAUCGAACCUCUGUACAACAAGUAUGAGAAGGCCGACGAAUGGCGGUUGUCGAAGGUCAAGAGGAGCGCUCGUUCGAGUCAAACGUUCGGUUAAAAUGGCUAUGCGUCUCUAUACUAUAUUCCCCGGAUAUUGUAGUGUUAUCUGUAGCAUAAUAUUCCCUGCUAUCUCAGCUUUCUUCCUCACAUACAUCUGCAAGGGACGGUCGUGAAGACAAUCGAACCCAAGGGGGGAGGGGUUGUAUGACGAGCCGUAUUAUCACCUUCUUAGACACUUUCUGGACUAGCUCGUCCCUAUCCUCGCCAAAAUCUUGUCUUCAUCUGCAAUGUGUAGCUGAGGGGAGUAGCCCGCUUAGUGGCACGAAGUUCAGCGACCCGUGAGUUCUGCCGCUCGUGAUAUCGGGAGGCGUUCCUUAAUUCUCGGCAUUUCGCUGAAGGGCUCGACGUUUGUGGGUAUGCUAAUGUGAAGGUAUAUACGUUGUCAAUAUCCAAAUGACAACGAUUUUCUGAUAUGCUGCAGUAAUAGACUCUCUAUCCCUCACUUCUCCCUUCUCAACCCACAAAUCUCAAAAUAUCCGAGUUGAUGUAGUAUUUUGCGACUUCUCCGGGCGCAACCUUCGCAGCUGUCGAGUCAGGAACCAGCAUGAAUGUUUGGGAGAACACCCUUGGCUGACCCUCAAUGGACUUGCUCGGUGUCGAAGCCGGGUUUCCCGCAGGGCCUUUGCCGUGUAUUACUGUCCCAGACACGGUGAUGAGUAGUGAUGGCGGCUGGCUACCUGUGAUGGGGUGGCAGUCGAAGGACUGCACUUCGUGCGAGGUCGUCGGCAUUUUGCUGAUGAGCUCGCGGACACCAUCUGCACCCUGAUUCGGAGUCCCGUUCCAUGUCAGUGCAGAGCUGGGGCGGUAAAAGUUGGGCAGGUCGUCAACGCGGGUCGAGGAAUCGUAGGUCUUGUAGUAAAGACGCGUGAAGUGGUCCGCGGCUCUGACCGCGAUUUCUAUGCUAC